GACAGGGAGCGCAGGACAGGAUGUGGCAGCCAUUUCCGAGCUUGUGGGUUGGGGUUGGCCAUUCUGGCCUCCUCUGUGGUUCCAGAGAAUGGGCAUCCAGAAAGACGGACAAGAGAGCAGAGUGGGACUGGAUAUCAGGUAGCAGGGUAGGAACGGGGAUCCCGAGGGGACUUCCCGCAGGAAAGCCUGGGAAUCUACAUCUGUGGGCUCACCCCAUGCCCCUGCCAGGCUGGAGGGGCCAUGGAGAGGCUGCGCAGCGGCUGGCUCCUCUCUUGGCUGGACUCCACCCCCUCCCGGGUCACAAUGGGGAUCCCCGGGGAGGGGGGGGAGGAGGGGGAGGAAUGACAGUGGGGGCUCGACUCUGGCUGCCAGGCGGUCCUGAGCGCUGCAGGAAGCAACAUGACUUAGGCACCUGCCUUGAGGUCCCAGGCAUCUCCAGGGCUGCUUCUGCAGCUGGCCUGGCCCUCUCCCUAGGUGCACCAACCAUGAUGCCGCAGCCCCAAGUGGAGACAGAUGCCAUCGGGGCCGGCGAGGGGCCGCAGCAGGCAGUGCCCUGGUCGGCCUGGGUCACGCGGCAGGGCUGGGUGCGCUGGUGCAGGUGCCACGUGCCUCGGAGCUGGGCCCAGUGGUGGACCACGUCGGGCUGGUGGCAACCAUUUCAGCGUGUGCUGAGGGGUCUGGAGGGGGUCCUCUACCUGCUGCUGUCGCUGAUGCUGUGCCACGCGCUCUUCACCACCGGCUCCUACCUGCUGAGCUCCUUGUGGCCUGUCGCGGCCGCAGUGUGGAGCCAUCUGCUGCCAGCUGUCCUGCUGUUGGUGCUCAGCGCUCUCCCGGCCCUGCUCUUUACCGCCUCCUUCCUGCUGCUUUUCUCCACGCUGCUGAGCCUCGUGGGCCUUCUCACCUCCAUGUCUCACCCAGACUUCGCUCAGGACUCGGACCAAUAGAAGGGCAACCCCAUCCUGCUGCCUGUGUCUGUUGAACCCUGGCCUAGGGCCUGAGGCCCCGGGGUGGGGGGGGGGGGAGGGCAGUGGCCUCAGCAGGCCCCGGACGACCAGUCCCUAGCGCUGCUCGGGCCAUAGGUGAUGUUGCUAGAGACCAGAGGGUAGACUGGCCUGACCUCCGGGCACCUCCCUCAAGCCCAGGCUGCAGGUACUUGGUGUGGGGCGUCAGGGACUUUGAGAAGAAGGGACAGGGCAGAAGGCUUAGCCAGGAGCGGAGCUGGGCCAAGCCAUCUAGAGCUCCCACCAGGGUGGAGACACCACCAGGGCUCCCUUAGCAACUGGCAGCCUCUUUUUCUUCCAGGUGCUCAGCUGUCUCAGCUGCAGACUCAUUGAGAACUUCUAGCUUGGUAUUCCUCACACUCACCCCCUCUUUCCACUUCCCCAGGCUCUAGAAAGGGCCCACGGACAGAAAGCUGGCCGAGAAAGGGCUGGCCAGAACCCCCAUGAGACCUCAGUGAACUCACUUCCCAGUCCUUUCUGCCCAGGCACUCCCCACUCCCUAGACCUCCUACCUUCUGCCUCAGUGCAUAUCUCUAAGCGGGCCAACUAGGGUAGUGAGGAUCCCAAAGGGUUCCCCGCGCUAAGAUUCCUAAGGUCUGUUAUGGAAAAAUGAACGAGAAGUCCCAUUUCCCCACUUACACAAUGUGUGGCCACGGCCAGUUAAUUCUUUUGAACCUCAGGGGUGAGUGGGUCUCAACCCUGUCACGGGGCUGGUGUGAGUCAAAGGCAAUACCUUGUGUGUGAAGCACUUCGCAAAGACCGGAAAACUGUAAGAUUUUUGCAUUGAACUAUAAGAAGAAUCUGUAGGCUCGAAAGGUCUUCUGACCUCGAAGGUGGUCGAAAGAGCAGGAAGCUUCCCUAGGCCUUCAGAGAGAUGCUCUGUCAUGGGUACCCUUUUGGCCCUCCGAUGGUUAAACGGGGAUGGAUGGGUGUGGACAAGAUGUAAAAGAUCGUGUGACAUGAAAUCUCAAAAUGU